AUGUAUGCAACGGAGGAUGAUAUUGAGAACACCGAAGCAGCAGAAAAGGAGAGAACAGCAGCAGGUACUGGUCGUUAUGUUGCGCCUGGAAUGCGUGGUGAUGCUCGCCAAGGAGAUCGCAGAUCCGAUGAAAAUACGUGUCGUGUUACCAACCUUCCUCAAGAAAUGGAGGAGGCAGAACUUCGAGAGCUGUUUGCGGCUAUUGGCCGUGUAUCCCGUGUGUUUAUUGCUCGUGAUAAGGUGACUAACCAACCUAAGGGAUUCGCCUUUGUCACAUACGACUUGAGAGAAAAGAGCACACCUUUUUUGCUUCAGGAUGCUGAGAGAGCAAUAGCAAAACUGAACGGUAUACGAAGACAUCACAUGGUGCUUAGGGCCAAGCAACUAAAUUUCUUGCGGGACUUAUUAUCUCCGUCGGUGUAUGCUGCAAUUCGGACGGUGUUCUAUGUUAGCGCUAAUUUCCAAAUUCUUGCUGUUUUUAGCCUGUCGGUUACUUUUCUGUGUGUUGGGAAUAUGUGAUG